AUGUUACGUGCAGUGUCUGUGGACUUCCCUGCCACGUGGGGAUCACUAAAAGAUGUAGUAUAUAAGCUUCUUCGGUGCGAUUUUGUUGACAGGGAUUUGUGGAAUUCUAGUUUCGGCUAUGUGUAUAGCUUAUGUACUUCAAGUCCGGUUUCUCAUGCAUCUACCUUGUAUAAAUCUACUACAACACUCAUUAGCGAGAGGGUAGAAGAAAUAGCAUCAGAGUUGGAGGUCAUGAGUGACUCGGAUUUACUUCCUAGAUAUGUCAAGUUUUGGGAGUCAUAUCAUCGCGGACUUACAUAUCUAGAUAUCCUUUAUAGAUAUAUGAAUACGCAGCACGUAAAGAAUUUAAGGCCAUCAGAAGCCGAUAUGUGCUAUGGGGCGGCACUUCCUAUGGCAGAUCAGCAUACUAUGGAAAUUCUGGAGGUCGGCCUUGCAUUCUGGAGACUAUAUCUUAUCGAUUGUAUAAAAAGUCGAAUGUCCUCUUGCUUGAUGCGCGAAGUUCUCAACGACAGAUUGGGAAUUUGUGGACAACAGAAUUGCAUACAUCCAUGUUUGGCUUCCCUUUUAAGAGUUGGAGAAGUAAGGGAUUUUGAAAGAGCUGGAAUGGAAAUAUACAACCAAAUAUUUCAGAACCCUCUGAUUGACGCUACGCGGUCAUUUUACUCGCAAUGGGCAUGUCAACGGGAGUCGGAAUUAGGAUGUGCUCAAUAUGUGACUGAGGCACUAGCUUUGCGGACAGAAGAACAUAAUCGAGCUAUACAAUAUUAUAAAUGUUCACUGCUACCAAUGCAAAAUUUGUUUCAAGAAAUAAUUGUUGAACAGCGUUUAAAUUUCCUUAAUAUGAACGUUCGCUAUGUUAUUGCUGAAGAGGAUAAAUCAAAUUUAAGAAAUCUUUUUCGGUUGCUAUCUCCGAAUAAUCUUUGUAACGAACUGUUACAUUGUUUUGGUGAAUAUGUCCGAACCAGUAUUUUAGAAGCUAUUUCCAACCUUCCAAAAGACUCUUCACUAACACAGGUUCAUUUUAUUGAGAGUCUCUUAAAUCUUCGAAGUAGAUUUUUGGAGUAUAUUGAUGAUGUUUUUGAUGGGAAAACUGCUUUCCGUAAUCAAAUGGAUAAAGCCUUUAAUUUGGCUGUGAAUGGCCGUGUACCGUCUUCAAGUAUUCUAGCCACAACAUCUAAACAAACUAAUUACAGACCAUCUGAAUUGUUAUGUCGAUACAUGGAUUCCUUAUUACGUAAAUCCGUCAAAACUAUGACUGUUUCAGAAAUUGAAACUAAGCUGACAGCGUCAAUUGCUAUUUUCAAGUAUAUUGAUGAUAAAGAUCUUUUCCAAAAGUAUUAUCAACGUAUGCUGUGCAAAAGACUUGUGUUCAACUAUUCUUCCAUGCUUGAACUUGAAGAAUCUGUGAUUAAUCAGCUAAAAACUGUUUGUGGAUAUGAGUUUACUUCAAAAUUUCAGCGUAUGUUUAAUGAUGUCCAACUUAGUCCUGAGUUAAAUCGGAAGUUUAAUGAGUACUUACAAUCAAAAGAUAUACGUUUUACCUUUGGUCAUCAUUUUCAUGUUUUAACGCAAUGCUCGUGGCCAAUUUCACUUAGUGGUGUUACUGAUUUUUUACUCCCACUCGAAUUGUAUACAUGUACUUACCAUUUUGAAGAAUUCUAUACAGCCGCUCAUCAAGGAAGAAAAAUGAGAUGGGCACAUAGUUAUUCAACAGUGGAAAUCCAAGUGCUUUUCACUGAUAAGACUUAUCAAAUACAAGCGCCUGCUAUUAAUGCUGCUAUCCUACUAUUUUUUGAUCAUAUGGACUCAGAUCGUAUCAAAGUGAAAGAUCUGCAUUUCGGGUUACAACUAGCAGUAUCUGAAGGUCGACCAACUAUAAGUAGUGAAAAUAACUCUACAUCUAAACGAAGUGUUCCAACCACUGACUCUUCAGUUACUAGUAAAAUGGAAACUUGUUCACAAGAUGUGUUGGAUUCUUCAUGUGAACUGGAUCUUGUUCAACGACUUUUGACACCACUAAUUGAAUUGAACAUAAUAUAUGUUGAAGCAACUGAAGGGCAAAGUAGUAAUUCAUUGGGUAACAUCGUGACAAUGGAUAGCGUUAUAGCUCUAAACCGUUCGUUUACAAGCAAACGUCUAAAGCUAAGGGUGAAUUUCGGCUCACAAGGAAAAGAAUCAAACCAGUCGGAAGCUGAUCAGGUUGAUCGUCAAGUGAACGAGGAUCGGCGCUACUUCAUACAAGCGGCUAUUGUGCGAAUUUUAAAAGCUCGAAGACAGAUAAAGCAUGCACAGCUUAUUGAAACUAUUUUACAGCAAGCAUCUAACCGCUUCCAACCACCGAUACCACUAAUUAAGCGUUGCAUUGAAGGUCUAAUAGAUACUGGCUAUCUUGAACGAAAUCCAGAUGAUCCUGAUCAAUACAGUUAUCUUGCAUAA